AUGGAGUCCAUACGCCCACAACGUCUUCAGCCUGGCAUCGGAUUUGGAGCCGGAUCGACUGGGACGCUUCGGUCUUCUCUCCGACCGGGGGUUACCGUCCCCACCGCUCCGCCGCAGCCGCCGUCGGCCUGUCUGUCCGCCUCGUCGGGGCCGCCGCCGCCCCCGCCGCCGCUUCAGCUGCACAGCCUCGGGGUCGGCGUGAUGGGAAACGCCGGGAUGGGGACCGCAGGGAUGGCCGGGCUCGGGCUGUGCAAUCCGGGGAAUCCGACUGUGCUGCGCGAGGCGGUGGAGGCUGUCGUGAGGAGCUUCGCGAAGCAUACCCAGGGAUAUGGCAGAGUGAACGUGGUGGAGGCGCUGCAGGAGUUCUGGCAGAUGAAACAGUCCCGGGGGGCGGACCUUCGAAACGGCGCGCUGGUGGUGUACGAGAUGGUGCCCUCCAACAACCCCCCCUACGUCUGCUACGUCAGCCUGCCCGGGGGCAGCUGCUUCGGGAGCUUCCAGUUCUGCCCCACAAAGGCAGAGGCGAGGCGGAGCGCGGCCAAAAUCGCCCUGAUGAACUCGGUCUUCAACGAGCACCCGUCCCGCCGCAUCACCGACGAGUUCAUCGAGAAGAGCGUGAGCGAGGCGCUGGCCUCCUUCAACGGGAACAGAGAGGAGGCGGAUAACCCUAGCACAGGGAUCGGGGCAUUCCGCUUCAUGCUGGAGUCCAAUAAGGGGAAAUCCAUGCUGGAGUUUCAGGAGCUGAUGACGGUCUUCCAGCUGCUGCACUGGAACGGCAGCCUGAAGGCGAUGAGGGAACGCCAGUGCUCCCGCCAGGAAGUCCUGGCUCACUACUCGCACCGGGCGCUGGACGACGACAUGCGCACCCAGAUGGCGGCCGAUUGGGUGAACCGGGAGCAGGGCGUGGCCGGGACCAUCUCGCGGGAGCUGGCGGCGACCGAGCGGGAGCUGGAGCAGGCCAGGAUGGCGGGAAGGGAGCUCCGCUUCCACAAGGAGAAGAAGGACAUCCUGAUGCUGGCCGUGGGGCAGCUGGGGAACGCCAACGCCGCCACCCUGCCCUCCAGCUGCUAGGCCCGCGGUGGGGGUGGGGGUGGGGGGCGGAGCUAAGGGAGGGUGGGCAGCGGCUGUGGGAGGAGCCUCGCACUGGCUCCGCCCUCAAUUCACGAUUGUACGGGACAUCGCUGCAGCGAUUAAGCCGAUCCACAACACCAGAGGUCAUGCUUAAAAAAACGACCGUCACAGGGUUCGCUAGUGUCUGAAAACCUAAAGAAAAAAGAACAAAAAUGUAUGUGUUAUUUUGCUUCUUUAAAAAAUGAAAAAAAAAAGAAUUCUGACCUUUCAGAUCCACUGACUGUACGUCUUUUUGGGUUCUAUGGAGGUUCCCGCCUGUGUGGAAAAUGGGCUGAUGGGAAGGCGUGUAAAAGCUUAUCUCAAAUGCUGUAUCUCUCAAAUGCUGUGUUCUGUCUCAGAAUUAAAUGCCUGCCUUAGAUCUAAAGGGAUCCAGACUUAACCGCACCAAACUCAGGUGGGCGUCACAGAGACUAGCCACGCCCCCUUUUUUUUCUCUCAGCAGGGUACAGGAAGUGCUGUGUUAAUUCGGGUGGAAUUAAUGCAGCUCAAUGCCUUUCAUUUUUUUUAAAACACCCACCAGGAACCUCCAGCAGGUCUGACUGCCUGCCUGCCUCUGCAUUUUCCUGCCCCCCCUCCCUACCCCCCUCCCCCCCCCC